CUCGCUGGCUCACAAAGCGGGACCCAAAUAAAAGGGGCACCGGUGACGUAUUUCCGGCGGAUGGAACUGGUCAGCUGAGUUGUGUUACGGCGCUUCCUUGUCAACGACUAAAAAGCUCCAAAACAGUGGUGUAGAUUCAUCUAAAUGCGAGCCGCUCGCGCGUCUUCCUCCAGCAGACGGGACCCGGAGCCGCUUCAGCCGCGAACAUGAACCAGGAGAAGGACUUUUCGCCCCUCACGCCCAACAUUGUGCGCGCUCUGAAUGACAAGCUGUACGAGAAAAGGAAAGUAGCGGCUCUGGAAAUAGAGAAGCUGGUGCGCGAGUUCGUGGCCCAGAACAACUCCACUCAAAUCAGACAUGUGAUCCACAUCCUGGCGUCGGAGUUCGCCCUCUCCCAGCACCCGCACAGUCGCAAGGGGGGUCUGAUCGGACUGGCCGCCUGCUCCAUCGCCCUGGGGAAGGACUCGGGUCUGUAUCUGAAGGAGCUCAUUGAGCCUGUACUGACGUGUUUCAAUGACUCAGACAGCCGCCUGCGCUACUACGCCUGUGAGGCCCUGUACAACAUAGUGAAGGUGGCCAGGGGAGCCGUGCUGCCUCACUUCAACCUGCUUUUCGACGGUCUCAGCAAGCUCGCCGCCGACCCAGACCCCAACGUGAAGAGUGGCUCUGAACUCCUGGACAGGCUGCUGAAAGACAUCGUGACAGAGAGCAACACCUUCGACCUGGUGUCGUUCGUCCCCCUGCUGAGAGAGAGGAUCUACUCCAACAAUCAGUAUGCCAGGCAGUUUAUAAUUUCUUGGAUCCACGUCCUGGAGUCCGUGCCAGACAUCCACCUGUUAGACUACCUCCCCGAGAUCCUGGACGGUCUCUUUCAGAUCCUGGGGGACAACAGCAAGGAGAUCCGGAGGACGUGUGAGGUGGUCCUUGGAGAGUUUCUAAAGGAGAUUAAGAAGACCCCCUCAAGCGUGAAAUUCGCCGAGAUGGCCAACAUUCUUGUCAUUCACUGCCAAGUUGCCGAUGAAACCAAGCUCACGAACGAUCUGAUCCAGCUGACGGCGAUGACCUGGAUGAGGGAGUUCAUCCAGCUCGCGGGCAGAGUGGUGCUCCCUUAUUCCUCUGGCAUUCUCACCGCCGUGCUCCCGUGCCUUUCCUACGACGACAGGAAGAAAAAUACCAAAGAGGCGGCUGGCGCCUGCAACCACAGCCUGAUGAAGCUGGUGACUCCUGAAGACGACGAAGACACCGAGGAAGAAAGAAGCGGAGUCACUGGAUCGCCCUCUGCAGGGGAGGGCCCGCCCAGGACGGAAGGAGACAGCGGCGACAUGCUGAAUGCGUCCCAAGAAUCCGUCGGCUUGAGCAGCAUCAGCUUCUUCACCCCGGCGAGCUCUGACAGGCCCCAAGUAACGCUGGACCUCGACGGGAUCGUUCAGGUGCUGGACCGCCACCUGCACGACUCCUCCACUGGCAUGAUGACCCGCAUAGCCGUGCUCAAAUGGCUCUACCACCUGUACAUUAAGACGCCGCGCAAAAUGUUCUGCCACACAGACAGCCUUUUCCCCAUUCUGCUCAAAACCCUGUCCGACGAGUCGGAUGAAGUCAUCCUGAAAGACCUGGAGGUGCUGGCCGAGAUAGCGUCGUCUCCGGCCGGCCAAACGGACCAGGCCUCCUCCUGCGACAUCACUGACAACAAGCUGGUGCUCAAGGUGCCAGAGGGUCCCAAAGCGGGACAGCAGCCCGCCGCGGGCUCCAAAGCGGCGGACUCCUCCCCCUCCACACCCAGCAUGAACUCCUACUUUUAUAAGUUCAUGAUCAAUCUGCUGAAGCGUUUCAGUCUGGAGAGGAAGCUCCUGGAGAACAGAGGAGCGUUCAUCAUCAGGCAGCUUUGUCUCUUGCUACACGCGGAGAACAUCUUCCACUCGAUGGCCGACAUCUUGCUGAAGGAGGAGGACCUUAAAUUUGCCUCCACCAUGGUUCAGACGCUCAACACCAUCCUGCUCACCUCGGCCGAGCUGUUCCAGUUGCGCAACCAGCUGAAGGACCUGCACACGCAGGAGAGCUGCGCUCUGUUUUGGUGCCUGUACCGUUCCUGGUGCCACAACCCCGUGGCCACCGUGUCGCUUUGUUUCCUCACGCAGAACUACAAGCACGCGUACGAUCUCAUCCAGAAGUUUGGCAACCUGGAAGUGACGGUAGACUUCCUGAUGGAGGUCGACAAGCUGGUGCAGCUCAUCGAGAGCCCGAUUUUCACCUACCUGCGCCUGCAGCUCCUAGACGUGGAGAACAACCCGUACCUGAUCAAGGCGUUGUACGGUCUGCUGAUGCUGCUGCCUCAGAGCCAGGCGUUCCAGCUGCUCUCUCACCGGCUGAAAUGUGUUCCCAACCCGGAGCUCAUGAGAACGGUGGAUGAAUCCAAGUACAUGGAGUCCAAAAAGCAAGCGCCAAGCAAGCGCUCCUCUCACACUCAGGUGGACUACAGCGAGCUGCUGCAGCAUUUCGACCGAGUGCAAAGCAAACACCUGGAGGUGCGACACCAGCGCUCUGCUCGUGCGUCCGAUCACCACGACAGGAAGCUGAUGUGAGAGGCGUGAGGACAGAAUAUAGUGUGCAGUACAGAAAUAAUAUACUGAAGAAAAUAAUUGCUGUUAAAUCCAAAAAGUAUUAAGUAUUUAAAAUUAUUUCUUGGAGAAGCACUGGAUAUACACUGUCAAGGUCAGUUGUGUAUAUUUUGGUAUUCCUUAUUCUUGUGUGACAACAACAAAAAAAACUGGAAAAAUAUCACUAUGUAAAAAGAUGCUCUAAACCUACUACCCUGUUUGACAGGAAGAACAUAUAAGAAUUAGUUAAACAGGUUGUCAUUAACUUUGCGUGCUAGUCGUGUGUUUUCUUAAUGUGUCCAAUUGUGCAGCAUCCCUACUAAGCAUGUGUUCACGGUUGCCUUAAUCAUGUCUUCACGUGUUUAGCGUCGACUCCGAACUCUGACAUAAAAUUCGAGUACAUCCAUGUUGUUACGUCAUUGUUUUUACAUCUCUGAAACGUUUGUUUCUUGCUUAUAUAUUGAACUUUUUUUUUGUAUACGUAAAGAUCUUCUAUUCUUUGUGAUGUUUCACUGCAGUCAUUCUAUGUGAAAAUAAAGUGGACCAUGUAAUAAAUGUUUUUUUUUUUUCCC